AUGAUGGCGGCGGUGGCAGCGGCGGCUCGGGGGCGGGCGGGGACGCGGCGGACCUUGGCGUUCUGGCGGAUGCCGUGGCUGCUGCUGGUGCUGGCGGCGACAGUGGCGGCGGCGGAGCAGCAGGUGCCGCUGGUGCUGUGGUCGAGUGACCGGGGCUUGUGGGUUCCUGCGGCCGACACUCACGAGGGCCACAUCACCAGCGACAUGCAGCUCUCUACCUACUUAGACUCCGCCCUGGAGCUGGGCCCCCGGAACGUGCUGCUGUUCAUGCAGGACAAGCUGAGCAUUGAGGAUUUCACAGCCUACGGUGGCGUGUUUGGGAACAAGCAGGACAGCGCCUUUUCUAACCUGGAGAAUGCCCUAAACCUGGCCGCCUCCUCACUGGUGCUUCCCGCGGUCGACUGGUAUGCAGUCAGCACCCUAACCACUUACCUGCAGGAGAAACUUGGGGCCACCCCCCUGCACGUGGACCUGGCCGCUCUGCGGGAGCUGAAACUCAGUGCCAGCCUGCCCUCCCUGCUGCUCAUCCGACUGCCCUACACAGCCAGCUCUGGCCUGAUGGCUCCAAAGGAAGUCCUCACAGGCAAUGAUGAGGUCAUCGGGCACAUGCUGAGCACUCUCCAGUUGGAAGACAUCCCGUACACGGCAGCCCUCACAGCCGUCCGCCCUUCCUGGGUGACCCGGGACAUGGCCAUGGUCUCAGGAGGCCUUGGUCACCAGCUCCUACAAAGGCUGGUGCUGCCAGAGGUGCCCCAUCGCCCCGUGAGCUAUGACGACACGGCCCCCCGGAUCCUGUUCUGGGCCCAGAACUUCUCUGUGAAGUACGGGGGCCGGACGGAGGACCUGACCUCUGUCACCUUUGGCCAGGAUCUCAACCUGACUGGCUCAUUCUGGAACGAUACCUCUGCUGGGCUCGCACUGACCUACGAGCAGCUCUUUGGUACCAUGGUGACCUUCAGGUUCAUCCUGGCUAACCGCUUCUACCCGGUGUCGGCCCGGCACUGGUUUACACUGGAGCACCUCGAAAUCCAUAGCAACGGCUCCAUCAUCUACUUCAGCGCCUCGCAGGUCACUGGGCCCAGCAACUACUCCUUCCACUGCCAGUACAUCAGCAGCCUCCCCGAGAAAGGCAAUCUCCUGGUGCCCCGCACUCAGCCCUCCCUCUGGGACCUGACUUUCCAGGACUUCCAGAUCCAGGCCUUCAAUGUGACAGGCGAGCAGUUCUCCUAUGCCAGCGACUGUGCUGGCUUCUUCUCCCCGGGCAUCUGGAUGGGCCUGCUCACCUCCCUGGCCAUGCUCCUCAUAUUCACCUACGGCUUGCACAUGCUGCUCAGCCUCAAGACCAUGGACCGCUUCGACAACCACAAGGGCCCCUCCAUCUCCCUCACCCAGGUCAUCUGACCCCCGCAUGGAGCCCCAGCACCCUGCCACCCAUCCUGCCCCCUCUCCUCUGCGGCCCCCUGAGGGGCUUCCCUGGGACGGCCCCCUCCCUGCCCUGACCUCUUCCUGACAAGGUGUCCAUAUUCUGCAUAGAUAGAUGUUAGACAAAUCUCUGGCUUCCAUCAUUGCAAAGAGGAGGGGACAAGAGUUCUAGGGACCCCUUCCUCUCCACCCACCUUUUCUCCUUAUUUAUUCCCGUCUGGCCGACAUCGCCUUUUGGCUGUUCAUAGUGCUUUUGUGUCGCAGACGCUCCCUCCCCCGGCUGCCUAGGGUUCCCUAAAUGUGGGGGCCACGGCGGCCGUGCUCUUUCACUAUUCUUUCUGCUUGGCUGUCCUAUUCGGUCAGGUUCUUUGGUA